ACCCUGCAAAAACUCACCGCUCCAGGUAAUCAAUUUCCUGAGUUGUGUGAGACGCGCCCUUCUUGCCUCUCUCCUUAGCUUGUAGCUCCUAAUCUCCUCUCGCCUCCCUCUCUCUAGACGAGUUCAACCACUCUGCCUCUCUUGGCCACGGCCAUACUGUCCCUGGAGUCGUGUCCUUUGACCUCAAUCAAAGGUGAAUCUGGGCUCUCUCCUCUCUACAAUACUGCGAUUGUGCCUUGCGCUACCUCCUGCUCCGGUGUUCGCUGUCACAGGCAAAGAUGAAAUUGGACGUGGAUGUCUUAAGAUAUCUCUCCAAAGAUGAUUUUAGGGUUUUAACUGCUGUUGAGAUGGGCAUGAGAAAUCAUGAAAUUGUACCUACAGAGCUCAUUGACCGUAUCGCUUCUCUCAAGCAUGGAGGCACAUACAAGGUUUUAAAAAACUUGCUCAAGCAUAAGCUGCUGCACCAUGACUCCUCCAAAUAUGAUGGGUUUCGUCUCACCUACCUUGGCUAUGAUUUCCUUGCAAUUAAAACGAUGGUCAAUCGUGGAGUAUUUGCUGCUGUCGGUCGUCAAAUUGGAGUUGGAAAGGAGUCUGAUAUAUUCGAGGUUGCUACAGAGGAUGGCACAGUGUUGGCAAUGAAGUUGCACAGACUUGGCAGAAUUUCUUUUAGGGCUGUCAAGUCUAAGCGUGAUUACUUGCGGCACCGCAGUAGUUAUAAUUGGCUCUACUUAUCCCGACUUGCUGCACUUAAAGAAUUUGCGUUUAUGAAGGCUUUGGAAGAACAUGGUUUUCCUGUUCCAAAAGCUGUGGACUGUAAUAGGCAUUGUGUGGUUAUGUCACUUGUUCAAGGUUACCCACUCGUGCAGGUGAAGCAAUUGCAGAAUCCAGAAACAGUUUUUGAAACAAUAAUAGGCCUUGUUGUUCAUCUUGCAGAACAUGGCCUCAUUCACUGCGACUUCAAUGAAUUUAACAUUAUGAUUGAUGAUGAUGAGAAGGUCACCAUGAUUGAUUUUCCUCAGAUGGUGUCUGUGUCACAUCGAAAUGCUCAAAUGUAUUUUGAGCGUGAUGUUGAAUGCAUCUUUAAGUUUUUUAGUAAGAGAUAUAACCUGUCCUUUAAAGAACACACAGAUGAAAAUGAUGGUUCAGAUGUAGAUUCAGAUGAAAAUGGAAGACCUACCUUUUCUUCUAUAUCAAAAUCAGCUGGUUUUCUUGACAAGGAACUUGCUGCCAGUGGAUUUUCAAGGAAAGAUCAGGAUGACAUAGAGAAAUUCAUUGAAGGUGGGAAUGAGAAGGAUAGAAACUCUGACACUGAAGGAACUGAAGAUGAAGAACAUGAAUCUGAGUCAAGUGAAACAAUCAACAGGACCUUAGAUUCUUUGCACUUGCUAGAGAAGGAGGAAAAUGCUUUGAACUUUGUUGAAGAGGACAAAGUAGAUGAGAAUCAACAGAGCUGUGAAACAGGUCAAAACAAUGGGUCUGAAUCAGAAGAAGCGAGUGACAAGGAAGAAGAAAGUCAGACUCUAAAUACAGGUGAUGUUGAAUUGGUCAAGCGUCUAAACAAGCAGAGAAGGCGUGCCAUAUUAUCAGCUCAAGGGGGACGGAGGAGUCUUGCCUCUAGAAAUUCCUAUAAGGACAAGGGUGGUAAAUCCUCUCAGAAUUCGAAACUUAAGAAACAUUUAAGUAGCUGGUGAACAGUACAAAAAAUAUGCAUCGUAGUCUUAGAUAGAGACUUGAAGUCAGCUGUUUGCGGUAAUGUACUACUCUGAUGAGAUCCUAACUUCAGUGAAAUGGGCAUGAAGCUGAUAACAUGAUUAGGAUUUUUAAUCCAGUUUUUGUCCCUGGAAGAUGAGUUAUAUAUAGGUUCUGUUUAUAGCAAUAGAUUAUGAGAAGUUUGUGAUACAGAAAUAGCAAAUAGUGCUUUGCAGAAUGUUCAUUGUAAGAGUUUUGCUUGUUGUUCUUGAAGAAGAAAUGCAGGUGAAAUCAUCUUCCAAGAUUGGGGUCAUGUUCUCGACUCAAGUUGUUUUCCUAAAUGUUAUUGCCUUGCUCAACUCUUUUAGCCUCUAUGUUGUUCUUUCGCUUAGCACAUCAUGACUUGUAAAGUUGGUGAGAAUUUGUAUUUUUUGGAUUUGUCAA